AUGGAGACGGUGGUAAACCUUGUGGUGGUUAGUCUUGCGGACAUCGCCAGUGGCAAAAUGGAGGCCAUGGUAAAACAUACAAUUAUGUUUCCCCACGGAGGACACAGGGACCCUGAAGAAUUUGAAAGCACACCAACAGAGGAAGAGAAUUUAACAUUUUAUCCUUUUGAUGACGACUUUCAGCACCCCAGUGCUUCACAGAGGAGUGACAUUGAAGAACUGAGUUCAACAUCUGAUUCACAUGGAAAGAAAAGUCCUUUAGAACUGUUUACAGAUCCGGGGGAAAAGAUAGAGGUUAUUCUUGGAAAUAUUGGAGUUGACAUUAACCGUGCUCUUAGUGCUAAGAGACAAAGAUUGGAGACAACUGCCAGACAGUCUUUUGCGGGAGUUGAGCAGAAAAUGAAAGAAGUUUGGAACUCACAUGAAGAUGCAAUGGCACAGCUUAAUGAAGCGUCUGCUCAGGCAUUUGCAAAUCUGUUUGAGCGAUGGGAUGAGGAUUUUAAGAAAUUUCGAGAACAAUAUGAGAAACUAGUGAAUGAUUUUCAAGAGGAGGAGAAGAAUUUUCAACAAUCUAGACUUAUUCAGAACCAGAGACUGAGAACAAUUAAACAAGUACAUGAACAAUUCUUACAGAAUUUGGAAGACCUGGAGAAGAGGAAUGAUGAUCUGCUUACUGGGACACAGAGUGAACUUAAAGAGGAAAUAAAUAAGCUGCGGAGAAAAAUUAUGAAAGAAUGUUAAAAGCAGAGGAUGGCGAAUGUUCAUCACUCUUUCCAGUCCAUACUCUUUUGAUGGGAAGAAUAUUUGAAGAAAGAAAUUAAACUGAAACGAUACAGUUCAAGUGUCAGCUAGGAGCCAUGCUUUAAGACAAGUAUUAGUAUAAAUGAUAAGAUUUUUAGUCACUAGUUUGUUUCUCUUAUCCUUUAUUUAGAAUA